GGAAACUAAGCUCCCAUACACAGUCCAUUGUUUAGCAGCAGUAUUUCUAUAUACAAGGAUUGCAGCAGAAGUUCGAGGAGAGUUUGAGGUCACGAGAUCGAAUCCUCGGAAUUGAUUGAUGGAUCCAGAAGGACCAGAACUCGAGCAGCAAGAUAAACAAGCUAUCAUGAGGACAAUGUUGAUGCAGGAUUGUACUUUCAAACUGCAGGUUAAGGAGCUGCAUCGGGUAUACAGUGUACAAAGGAGUAUAAUGGAUGAGCUGAAUCAAGAAACGAAAGAACAACCUCCCAAUUAUCUAAAUCACUUAGGAAACUAUUCCAAACCUACUGUUGCACAAGUUUAUAAUAUGAAAGAAGAUGACGAUCAAACUUCAUUAAGGCAAAGUAAAGGUGGGAGUUGCUCUUCUGAUACUGCUGCGGCGGCCUGCAGAUCACCUGUAACAAACUAUUUUGACGUCAAAACGCAUGCGCGCCAGUCCGAUAGUUGCUCCAGUCCCGUGGGGUUUGGCAAGCUAAGCAUCAAUGGUGAUGGUAGUGAUAAAAGUAGUGAGUUGGAUUUGACAUUAAGCAUUGGAUUUGGAGGUAACAGUCAUAGUAGAUAGAAGUUCUCAUGACUAUAAUUAUCUCAUCCUUGUAAGAAGCCAAGGAGUGUAGGAACUACACAUUUUGCAUGUUUACAA